GGUUGCUCUGGCAGCAUCGUGUCAGUCGGGGGCCAGAUCCCCAACAACCUGGCCGUCCCGCUGCACCUCAGUGGGGUGAAGAUUCUGGGGACAAGCCCCCUACAGAUCGACCGCGCCGAGGAACGCUCCGUCUUCUCCCAGAUACUAGAUGACCUCGAGGUGGCCCAAGCUCCAUGGAGGGCCCUCAGCUCCCUGGAAGAUGCCCUUUCCUUCGCUGACCAGGUGGGCUAUCCCUGUCUGCUGCGGCCCUCCUAUGUUCUCAGCGGCUCGGCGAUGAACGUUGUGUACGGAGAGGAGGAGAUGAAACGCUUCUUGGAGGAAGCCACUCAGGUGUCCCAGGAGCAUCCAGUGGUCAUCACCAAAUUCAUCUGUGGUGCCAGGGAGGUGGAGAUGGACGCUGUGGCCAGAGACGGCAAGGUUCUGGUCCAUGCCAUAACAGAGCAUGUGGAGGAUGCGGGGGUGCACUCAGGAGAUGCUACUCUGAUGCUACCAACUCAGACCAUUAGCCAGGGGGCGCUAGAAAAGGUUAAGUUUGCUACCCAGAAAAUUGCGAAAGCAUUUGAAAUUUCGGGCCCCUUCAACACUCAGUUUCUGGUGAAAGGCAAUGAUGUCAUGGUGAUAGAGUGUAAUCUGCGGGCGUCGCGCUCUUUCCCUUUUGUAUCAAAAACAAUCGGCGUGGACUUUAUCAAUGUGGCAACCAAAGUGAUGGUGGGAGAGCCUUUAGAUGAGGCCAGCUUGCCCUCGCUGGAGAGACCCAUCAUCCCCCUAGACUAUGUUGGCAUCAAGGCACCCAUGUUCUCCUGGCCGCGGCUGAGGGAGGCAGACCCAGUGCUUCGCUGUGAGAUGGCCUCCACUGGAGAAGUUGCUUGUUUUGGAUCAAACAUUUAUUCAGCCUUCCUGAAGGCUAUGCUCUCAACAGGAUUCAAGCUUCCGCAGAAGGGCAUCCUGCUUGGGAUUCAG